CUCAUGAGUCAAACAAAGAUGUAAACCUUAAUGGGUUAAAAACCAAAUAUUCAAGAUCUAAUAAAUUGUCGAAUCAGCCGAAACUGGUGGAUAUCAUUGCUGCUAUACCUGAACAAUACAAAAGUGUAUUAAUGGGAAAACUAAAAGCAAAGCCAAUUAGGACUGCUAGUGGGAUUGCAGUUGUGGCAGUAAUGUGUAAACCACAUAGGUGUCCCCAUAUAGCCGUGACUGGAAAUGUUUGUGUGUAUUGUCCAGGUGGACCUGAUUCAGAUUUUGAAUAUUCAACACAGUCAUACACAGGAUAUGAACCCACGAGUAUGAGAGCUAUUCGUGCGAGAUAUCACCCUUUGGAGCAGGCGAGAGGCCGUGUGGAUCAAUUGAGAAGCCUAGGACAUAACGUUGAUAAGGUCGAAUACAUAAUUAUGGGAGGCACAUUCAUGUCAUUACCUGAGGAUUAUAGGAAUUGGUUUAUUUCUAACUUGCAUAAUGCCCUAUCGGGUCAUACUGCUGAUGGUGUUGAUGAAGCUGUUAGAUACUCUGAGAAAAGUAUGACAAAGUGUAUUGGUAUCACGAUCGAGACAAGACCUGAUUACUGCUUGAAGCCACAUUUAAGUCAAAUGCUUAGAUAUGGAUGCACCAGACUUGAGAUAGGAGUUCAAAGCGUGUAUGAAGAUGUGGCGAGAGAUACGAAUCGUGGUCAUACGGUCAAAGCCGUAACCGAAACGUUUCAAUUAGCAAAGGAUACAGGAUUUAAAGUGGUGUCUCAUAUGAUGCCAGAUUUACCAAAUGUUGGUAUGGAACGAGAUCUGGAACAAUUCAAGGAAUACUUUGAAAGUCCGGCGUUUCGCACUGACGGACUGAAAAUUUAUCCUACGUUGGUAAUUCGUGGAACUGGUUUAUAUGAGUUAUGGAGAACAGGUAGAUAUAAAAACUAUACGCCAAAUGCGUUGAUUGAUUUAGUUGCCAGAAUAUUGGCGAUGGUGCCUCCGUGGACUAGGAUUUAUCGUGUUCAGAGGGACAUUCCGAUGCCCUUGGUCACUUCUGGUGUAGAACAUGGUAAUCUUCGAGAAUUGGCUCUAAACAGAAUGAAGGACCUCGGUAUCAAGUGUAGAGAUGUGAGAACUCGUGAAGUUGGUAUACAAGACAUUCAUAAUAAGAUUAAACCUGAGGAGGUUGAAUUGAUUCGAAGAGACUAUGUAGCCAAUGGAGGUUGGGAAACUUUCCUCUCAUAUGAAGACCCAAAACAAGAUAUACUCAUUGGUUUGCUUCGCCUGCGUAAAUGCACCACACCAAAUUCUACACCGUUUAGUACAUUCCGACCUGAGCUUGUUGAAUAUCCAACAAGUAUUAUUAGAGAGUUGCACGUAUACGGAAGCGUG